AUGGCAGAAGUAGAGGAUGAAGAAAUCCGCCAAGCAGCUUUAGAAGGUAGACCAACCUCUGUUGUAAGAAUGUCUUUGCUUGAAGGUCAUGAUAGACGUCGAUACAAUCUUCCUUCCCAUGAGGAAGUUGCUAUUGUGUUUGUGGGAGAUGAUGGUGCUCCACCUGCAUCCAGGGAAAUUGUUAUAUACCCUCGAGGUCAGCCUUUAAGAACAAUUUCGUCUAUGUCUGCAAAUUUGGAUCCUUUGGUAUAUCCAAUAUUCUUCCCGAGAGGUGAUGCUGGAUGGCACAAUCAACUAGAGCACAACCCUGACCGUGCAACCCGUGUUAGAAACCAUGUUACUUUGUCUCAGUAUUAUAAUUAUAGGCUUGCUGUUAGACAAACUUUUAGUCCUAUAUUCUAUGGUAAGAAACUUUUUCAGCAAUAUGUUGUUGAUGCAUAUGUCAAAGUUGAGGGACAGCGCCUUGCUUUUAUUAGAAAUAACCAAAACAAACUUAGAAGUGAGCAAUAUGAUGCAUUGCAUGAACAUGUAAUUAAUCGUGCUAAUGAUCUUAAUGUAAGACCAGGCCGUGUUGUUAUAUUGCCUUCUUCAUAUCUAGAAACAGCAGAAGAUAUUGAUAGUUUGAUAUCAGCAGAAAUCCCAGACCCAGCUGUUGAUCCUGAACUUUUUGAAAUUAUAAAAUCAUGCAUGAUACAUGGACCAUGUGGAAUUUUAAAUCCCAAUUCUCCCUGCAUGAAAGAUGGUAAAUGCACAAAAAAAUUUCCUAAGGAAUUUAAUCCCCACACUGUUGCAAUUUUUAAUGGUUAUCCACGCUAUAGGCGCGUCGAUAAUGGAAGAAUUGUAAAUAUAAAAGGUAAUCAAGUUGACAACCGUUGGGUUGUACCUUAUAACCCAUGGCUUUCUAAAAAAUAUCAAGCACACAUAAAUGUUGAAGCCUGCAUGACCAUAAAGUCAGUUAAGUAUUUAUAUAAGUACAUUUACAAAGGGCAUGACUGUGCCAAUGUGGUGAUAAAUGAGCAAGUUAACCAUGAUGAAAUAAACACGUUUUUAAAUUGUCGCUAUGUCUCAGCUCCAGAAGCAUUGUGGCGAAUAUUUGAGUAUUCUUUAAGUGAUAUGUCACAUAACAUCAUUCGACUUCAGGUUCAUCUGCCAGAUAAUCAGAUGAUAUAUUUUGUAGAAGGCGAAGAACAGGCAGCUUUAGACCGUGCAGCACAGCGUGACACUCACCUAACUGCAUGGUUUAAAUUAAAUGUUGAAAAUGAACAAGCCCGACACUAUCCAUAUGUUGAAAUUCCUUACCACUUUGUUUUUGAUAGCAAACAUUGUAAAUGGAAAGUUAGGCAAAGAGGUAGCAAUAAGGUGAUUGUUAGGAUGUAUAAAGUGAGUCCAAUAGGUGAAAUAUUUUAUCUUAGAAUGUUACUUUUGCAUGUUAGAGGUGCAGUUUCUUUUGAAGAUUUGCGUACUGUUAAUGGUACAGUUUUUAAUACAUUCCGAGAAGCAUGUUCUCAAUUAGGUCUGUUACAAGACGACGCUGAAUGGAGAAAUACAUUAACUGAGGCUGCUGCAACUCGGUUGCCAAAUCAAAUUAGACAGUUGUUUUCCAUUAUUUUGACUUUCUGUGAACCUGAUGAUCCAUUAAAUCUUUGGAAUGCCUUUAAAGAUUUUAUGAUGGAGGAUUACAUUCACCAUUCCAUGCCACCAAUAAUUGCUGAGCAGGCAGCUUUGCGUCAAAUUGAAUCUAUAAUUAAUCAGAAUGGUAAGACUUUAGCUGAUGUUAAUCUUCCUACUUUAGAUGAGUUUUUAGAUUAUGUCCCACAAAAUGAAGAGGAAGAUUUUCAGGUUUUAAUUGAUGAAGCAAAUAGGGUUAGACCAUUGUUAAAUGAUAAUCAGCAUCAAAUUGCUGAUGCUAUCCUUUCUGCUCUUAGUGAGCAACCUAACAAUGAAAACAAGCAGUCUAGAUUGUUUUUUAUGGAUGGCCCUGCAGGUUGUGGUAAAACAUUUACAUACAACUAUUUAAUCGCUGAAACCAGCAGUAGACAUAUUAUAACUGCAACAGCUGCAUGGACAGGAAUAGCUGCAACUCUUUUAAAAAAAGGAUGUACACUUCAUGGUUUGUUCAAACUUCCUGUGCCGAUUUUGGAAAAUAGCACAUGCAAUGUAACUCCAAAUUCUAUACACGGAAAAUUCUUGAGGCAAGUUAGCCUUUAUUUACUAGAUGAGGCAUCCAUGAUACCUAAACAUGCUUUAAAUGCCAUUGAUAAGUUACUUCAAGACGUUUGCAAUAACAAGUUUCCUUUCGGUGGUAAAGUUAUUCUUAUAGGUGGGGAUUUUAGGCAAAUACUUCCGGUUGUAAAGAGAGGGCAACCAGCUGAUAUUGUUGAAGCCUGUAUAAAAUGUUCUCAACAUUGGCAAUAUGUUCAGCGAUUUUCAUUAACAGAAAAUAUGAGGGUUCAGGCCGAAGAAGAGGAAUUCUCUCAAUGGCUUUUAAAACUUGGUAGUGGAACAUUACCUUUAAAAGCAGAUGGUUCCUUUCGCGGGUGCAUUGAGAUUCCUGAGCAAUGCUUGCUUGGAGAAAAUGAAUCUUUAGUAGACAAGAUUUUUGGAGUUGCAGAAGAAGAUGAUUAUGCUAAACGUGCCAUUUUGACACCCAAUAAUGUUGAUUCUUUAGCAAUAAAUGAAGAAGUUUUGGACCGUUUACCAGGUGACGUUAAGGUUUAUUUAAGUGCUGAUACUAUUGAAACAGAUGAUCUUAACGAAAUCAAUAAUUUUCCUGUUGAGUUUUUAAACAGUCUUACUCCAUCAGGAAUGCCUGUUCAUUGCCUAAAGCUAAAAAUUGGUGCUGUUAUAAUGUUACUUCGAAAUUUAGAUCUAAAAGCUGGACUUUGCAAUGGUACCCGAUUGAUAGUGCGUGCUCUACAAAAUAAUUACAUUGAUGGGCAAGUUCUAACAGGUGUUUCAGUUGGCAAGAGGGUAUUUGUCCCUCGGGUUCAGUUAACACAAUCUGAUUCAAAUUUACCUUUUACUCUUAAGCGUCGUCAAUUUCCUGUAAGAUUAGCAUACUCAAUGACCAUAAAUAAAAGUCAAGGUCAAACUUUUGACAAAGUUGGUUAUAUUUUGUAA